AUGGUUCGACUGACCUUGGAUCUAAUUGCCAAAAGGAGCAAUCUUAAACCCCGAAAAGAAGAAACCACUUUACAAUACCUGAAGAAAAUAACUCAUAUAAAUUUUUCAGCCAAAAAUAUAGAUGCAAUUGAAGACCUCUCUCUUUGCAAAAAUCUUAGUGUUUUAUAUUUGUAUGAUAACUGUAUUAGUCAAAUCACUAACCUUAAUUAUGCCACAAAUCUGACCCACUUAUACCUACAAAACAAUUGUAUUUCAUGUAUAGAGAACCUCGGGUCAUUAAAGAAACUGGAAAAACUAUAUCUGGGAGGCAACUACAUUGCUGUCAUAGAAGGCUUAGAAGGCUUAGAAGGACUAAGAGAGCUUCAUGUUGAGAGUCAGAGGCUUCCCCUUGGAGAAAAGCUCCUGUUUGACCCAAGAAGUCUUCAUUCUCUGGCAAAAUCCCUCUCUAUAUUGAAUAUCAGCAAUAAUAAUAUUGAUGACGUAAGAGACUUAGAAAUACUGGAGAAUCUUAAUCAGCUCAUAGCAGUUGACAACCAACUUCUGCAUGUGAAGGAUUUGGAGUGUUUACUGAACAAACUGAGGAAGCUGUGGAAAAUGGAUCUAAACAGAAAUCCUGUUUGUCUCAAACCGAAAUAUAGAGAUAGACUGAUAUUGGUGUCCAAAUCACUGGAAUUCCUUGAUGGAAAAGAAAUUAAAAAUAUGGAAAGACAAUUCCUAAUGAAUUGGAAAGCAUCCAAAGAUGCCAAGAAAAUCAGCAAAAAAGGGAACAGUAAGAAUGAGGAUAUAAAUAACUCAUACACAUAAGUAAAUAACUUUGAAACAAUGCAUCACAUAGUUCCUGUUUAUUACCCACAGGUGGGUAAGCCAAAAUUAGUUUUUUUCUCUGAUACACAAAGAUACCUUGCAAAUGGAAAUGCAUCUCCAGAAAGCUCCCAAGAAGAUAACCCUAAAAUUAUUGAAGACAUGGGGAAUCUCUCUUUGAAGGAAUCUGAAAGCUUGCUGACAAAAAAUGAUGUACGUGAACCUCAUCUUCUUCGUAACUCAAAAGUAAAAGAAAAUAUGUUUGUAAAAAAUCAGUAA